CGACGUUUCUCAGCUGGAGCGGCAGCUCCUUCCCUCCGACGAGCGCACGCGUCAGAAGCUGAUCGAGUCGCGGGAGCAAGAGGUAAGCAGCGCCACUUUUUUCAAGGCUCACGCCGAUAGCAUCAUGGAUGAAGGAGGCUCUCCGGUCGGGGUGCUGUUGCCGCCUCAGAUUUUGACCGUCAGUGGUGUUGUGGACAUUCUUUUUAGUUCCAGCGAUCCUACGCUAGGGGUACGAGCUGCAGACAGUUCCAACGACUUCUACUCACUUAAGACGGCUAGUUCUUCAUCAUCCCACUCUAGUAGAUUACUCACCUGGUUAUUGGAAAAGAAGGCAAAUGUGGACUAUUCGGUAAUUUACUUAGUCAAACAGUAAAAUCACAGUCGAACAUCAAACUCACAGUCACCAAGCAGGAUGAGGAUGAUGAAAGACGGCUACCCGAGCUAAUUUACGCAGAAAGCAACAACCUUCACCAGCUUUUCGAGCCGAC